GUUUAUAUCAGUUUAUGACCACAGUUUACCAAAUAAUGCAGAACAUAACCUAAAAUAGUGUUAUUAUUUUCAGGAUAAUCCACUAAAUCCUUCCUUUUUCCUUUAAACUCGGACCACGAUUGCGUAAAGUGACAGAUGACAGAUUGCAAUCAAUCAAAUCGAUCAAAUUACUCACUGAAUCUACUACACUCUACACUACCUCUCAACCUCAACCUCAACUCAUUCAUUCCAUUUUGAGCCAUUUUCUUGUGCGCUCACUCGUAAGUGCACUGUAAAUUUCGCCAACGCAACGUCAAAAAAAAAAAGUUCUGUUUUUAUUUUACAAGCUACAAGCAUAAUGUAUGAUUUAAAUGAUUGGUUAUCGAAACCCCCGAAAUACACCACUUUUAGAAUUAACAUUCUCAGACAGUUUGAACAUGAAAACCUAAAAAAAUUUUUACUGAAGCAAAGUAAAGAAUUGAAUUGUGCUGAAAAUAUACCCAAUUUUUAUCUGUUAAGACCAGAUUGCCUUGUAAUUGAGCAGUGGCCUAACGAUUUAAAAUUAGAGAAGGGAGCCAAACAUGUUGUAGUUGAUGCUUUGUGUGCUGCUGCCGUACUAAGGGGAGCUCAUGUGUUUGCCCCUGGAGUUAUGGGGGUACCUUCUGGUUCCCAAAAAGGGGAUAUAGUGGAUAUUUAUGGUGAUAUCACAGGACAAUGUAAACGGGGCUUAAAAGUUGGCUAUGAUGGAAAGAAACAGUAUGUGGGCACAGGCAUUUUAAAAAUGACAAGAAAUGACUUAUUUGAAAAUGGAGUACAGCCAAGUGGAAUAGCUGUCCAUACUUUAUUACCAGCAUCCCGGCUACCUGUAAUUAAUGAAACUUUGUAUCCAAAAGGAGCUAUCUUAUUGCAAAACCUCCCAUCAAUAGUUUGUGGAUGGGUAGUGAAUGCUCAGCCAAAUGAAGUUAUCCUGGAUAUGUGUGCAGCUCCAGGGAAUAAAACAACACAUUUAGCUGAAAUGUCCAACAAUGAAGCCAUCAUAAUUGCUUUGGACAAAACACAGCAAAAAGUAGCUGCUAUAAAAAAUAACUAUGAAAACCAUGGUAUCACCUGCAUAAAUGCUUAUGCAUUUGACUCUACAAAAUGCUUUUCAGAGAAAAGUAAUGGAAUAGAUCUGGGACCACCUUUUCCUUCAAACAGUUUUGAUAAAAUUCUUCUUGAUGCUCCAUGCAGUGGACUUGGACAGAGACCUCAACUUUUAAACAAGAUGACACCAAAAAUGCUGCAGUCAUAUAAAUUUGUUCAGAGGAAAUUAUUAAAAUCCGCAGUAGAAGUACUCAAAGUUGGUGGGAAAUUAACAUAUAGUACAUGCACAGUAACUGAAGAUGAGAAUGAGGGCAUUGUGUCCUGGGCACUAGAAAUGUUUCCAUGUUUGUCACUGGUUUCAGCUGAACCCCUUCUUGGUGGUCCUGGAUUACCUAAUUGUGGUCUAACAGAGCAGCAAAGAGCAAUGGUGCAACGAUUCAAUCCAACUGAUGAUAGCUUAAGAAUCGUGGAUCCUAUUUAUAAGGACACAAUAGGAUUUUUUAUUGCACAAUUUAUUAAAACAAACCCUCUUCAGUUUUCUUUAUGAGUUUCCAUAUGUAUGAUGUACAUGAAUAUGUGAAAGUGUUUCUUUGUAAAGUUUAUUAAAAUAAAAAAUGGUAAUUUG